UUCGCCUGCUUUUUACUCUGUGAAGCUUCAUUUCAAUUCCGUGGUCUUGUUCUCGUCGUGAGAUCUCGUCUACUUCACCAAGGCUAACCAAUGGCAACUGUUAGAAAUCUGAAAAUCAAGACAUCGACUUGCAGACGAAUUGUUAAAGAGCUUCACUCGUACGAGAAAGAAGUUGAGAGAGAAACUGCUAAAACAGCUGACAUGAAAGAGAAAGGACCUGAUCUUCUUGGACAGGAAAAUGUGCUGGCUGAAUCAAGGAUGAUGAUCCCUGAUUGUCACAAGCGGCUAGAGGCUUCAUUGGCCGACCUUAAAGCGACUUUGGCUGAAUUGGAGGAAGCAAAUGAAAAAGAAGGCCUGGAAUUCGACGAAGCUCGCAGCACCAUAACUGAACUUGAAAAGUUGUUUGAAACAACAGAGGCUUAGUGACAGCUUUUAGUGGCUGUAAUUACUC